CAGUGACGUCUCUCACCCAGGGGUCUACACAGCGCUGGCGAGAAGCAGCUGUCUGUCUGCUGUCACUGAGCUCAGCUCACUGCGCGUUUAGGACGCAGCGCUGGAGCUGUGUGAGCUAAUGGAGGACCUUUGGGAAGAUCUUGACGUUGUCACAACGCUAACAGUGCUAGUAGUGUAAGCUAGCGAGGCGGUUAGCAGCAGCUUAGCUUCACCCAGUUCCUCUGAUACGAAAGUGUCGUGGUGCGUCUACAAGGAGGGACCAAUUAACCAUGAUGAAGAAAAAGAAAUUCAAGUUUAAAGUUGAUUUUGAGCUGGACGAGCUGUCUUCGGUGCCGUUCGUGAACGGGGUCCUGUUCUGUAAAAUCCGUCUGCUGGACGGCGGGUUUUCGGAGGAAUCAUCACGAGAAAUGGUCCAGGCAAACUGUGUGCGCUGGAGAACAAGGUUCUCGUUUCCAUGUAAAAUGAGCGCCAGUGCUGGAACAGGAGUUCUUGAUCCUUGCAUAUGUCGUGUUUCUGUCAGAAAGGAACUGAAAGGUGGGAAGACUUAUGCAAAGCUGGGCUUUGCUGAUCUGAACCUGGCUGAGUUUGCAGGAUCUGGGAGCACCACACGCCGCUGUUUACUAGAGGGCUAUGACACCAAGAACACCAGGCAGGACAAUUCCAUUCUCAAGGUGAUCAUCUGUACUCAUCUUAUGUCUGGAGACCCCUGUUUCAAAACACCUCCAUCCACUGCCACAGUGAUCGGGAUCCAGGGGGAUGGAGAGAGUCUGCUGGAAGAGCGAAGAGGUGGAGACACCCAAAAACCUUUCCUGGGGCUCUCGGAAACCACAGGCAAGUGUGGCUCUCUGCCAGAGGAGCUGGGUGUGUGUGGUCAUUCCCGAACCUCCAGCUAUGCUAGUCAGCAGUCUAAAGUAUCAGGCUACAGCACUGGUCACUCUCGCUCCUCCAGCCUAACAGAGUUCACCCAUAAGAGGAACACAUCAGUUGGUAGCGCAUCCACAGGCAUUGCUAGCAUCCCUGAGCCCAGUGAGGAGAGCCCGAGCUCCAUAGUGCCUGCUGCUGCUGCCCUUGGAGCCUGUAGCACCCUGUCAGUAAACCCUGCUACACCAGACCGAACUUCCAGCAGGCACCCGAUGAAGCAGGACUCGAUGGAAUCUCAGCUGAAGCGGGUGGACGCAACUAGGGUUGAUGCUGAUGAUGUGGUGGAGAAAAUCCUGCAGAGCCAAGACUUCACUCCUGGCAUUUUUGACUCUAGCACUGAAGAGGAGGGUCUUCGUUUAUUUGUGGGUCCUGGAGGAAGCACAGCACUUGGCAGCCAUCAUCUACCUGCCAGGGUUGGUGCUGGUGCCUACGAACAAGUGGUGAUCAAGCGCUAGAGCUGGAAAGUGCCAAGUAGAGAGGUGGCACAAACCAAAGUACAGGAGAGAGGAAGGGCUCUCCAACCUCCCUUCUUUCCAGCAGUGUGCCAUCCAUUUACUGCUGGUGGAGCCUAAGGAUUUUCAAAGAGCAGCCUCUGCCAUCAUUGUGGAGGCAUGGGCUCCUCUGAAUCCUGGGGUAUCCCAACUUCUUUCCAAUCCCAACACUCCUUGCUUUCUUCUGUGACUCACCCUUAAAACAUUCAACUAAGGAGGGAAACUAUUCUUACAUGUUGGAAAAGAAAACAAUCAUUGCAGUGUUUUGCUUGGUUGGCAGUGGUGUUCCAGGUUUUGUCACCUGUGUGGUGAGGAUUUUAACUCUUCAUUGGAUCUUGUGUAUUCAGGGGUGUGGGUUCACAUAUUUAAAGUUUUAAUAUAUGCUCAUAUUCAGACGAGUCAUGCAUCUGCAUGUCAGUAUUUGUGUGUAGAUGAGAAUUGCGGAUGCAGUGCUGCAGAGUUCUGGUGAAGUUUACAUCACCAUCAUGUAGUGCUUCCUUUGGCUGAGCUCAUUACACUAAGGGGAAAUUGAACUGACUAGCUGGCAUCGGGGAGGAAAGUUUGACUUUAGCAAAGAGAAUUAGUGGCACUCACUGAACAAAGUGUCACCUUUACAUUUAAAUAAAUGAGAAAUAAAUUCUGCUAGCACUUAGUAGUAUAAUAGUUUGCAUAGUUAGGCUGUAGGCCCAGAUUUGGACAUUAGUUCAUCUUUUGUCAGACAUGGACUGUUUUCAGCUGUUCUAUUGUUCUUGGUUGUCAAUGUGCAGUUCAGUUUGAGUCUAAAUGUUUAAAAAAAAAAAAAAAAAAAAAAAUGUUUGCACAUUUGGUUGUACAGCCAUUUCAAGUGGUGUUUCACUCCUUCAUCACAGCACAUAUGGGGCCAAAGUCAAGCUACUCAGAAACUGCCAUUAUCAAUAACUGGACUGUGUAAUAAAGCAGUUUGACCUUUCAGUCAUAAUUGCACUCUGUACACAUUAUGCCUAAUUAGCUCCUUUCUUUUUAUUGAGCACAGAGGGUAUGGUUGAGAGCCGAGGGGCAGGAAUUCACAAUUUUUUAUUAUAGCCUUUGCAGCUGUGAAAGCAGUUUUAGUAGGUUUUAAUAUUAUUUGAGGUCCUUCAGAAAUAUUGUCUGAUAUGACCCUCUUUUCCUUUACUUGUACUACGUAUAUUUAUUGCUGUUGUGUUCAUCAUUUUUUUUAUAUCACAAACACUACAAAAUGUAUACUAAUAUCUAAACUUGUGCAUAUCUGAUGUUUAUCCUGAUGUAUGGUUAAAGUAUUUUUGAUUACUUGUUCUGAUGUAUUUUGUUUUCUGUCUGCUAGUGUAACCAUGAACCAGGUUCCCUACAGUUUUAUGUGCCAGUACAAAAGCCAUAUGUUUUACAGAGUGAGUCCACUUCUCUCUUAUGUGUUCUGAAACAGAGUGAGUGCAUGUUAGUGUGUACACAGCAUAAUAUUUUGGUAGCACUUAGUGUAUCUAAAUACUGGCCAUAGGGACUAACUAUGUAGGGCUAGAUUUAACUACCAAAAGCAUGGUCCGUUAUAUUUUUUAAAUAUCUCUUUAGUGUAUAAAGUAAUAGUGUAAAAUUGAUUAUAUUACUUGUGAUAUGAUGCGAUAUCAGUGCCAUCAUAUCAGAAGCCUGGUGAAAUGGACAGACUGAGGGCCAACACUAUUGCAAAAUAUCAGUAUUGUGUUUUACAACUCGGGCCACUAGGUUUCCAUAGGGGAGUGUUUCAUGCAUUAUAUCUUUACAGUGUACAAUAACGGAAUCUCUAAAUAUUUGAAUAUUUGACAUUCAGUGUGUAGGUAUCUUGUGUUGUAGUAAACACCAUGUUUUUUUUGUGUUUUUUUUUUUAAAUCUCUUCUGUGAAGCUUUUGCUCCAUGUACUGUACAGUGUCUGAUGUAAGUGACAAUGCUUUUUACUGUUCUGCACUGCUGUUGUGAUGUUUAACUCCUUUUAAACAGUGCUGAUUACAUGUACCGCACACUGUUAAAUAAACACAGUACAUUUCAAAAACCUGCCAACAAGAUUUCAGAGUCAA